UUUUAAUAGCCUACUAUUGAUUAAUUAACCAACAUUUUCGACUGAAAUGCAGAUGAGCCUGGACUUCCUCCUACAUUCGAGAUUGUUUUGGAAAAACGGGAUUAAAUAAUAAUAAUUAAAAAAUGAAAAUAAUAUGUAGAAAACAGCGAGUGGACAUUACGGAGACUGUUAUGGGUGAAUACUUGUGAUCCAACCUGGAUACAGCUUGAUCUCACAGUGAAAGCAGGCUGAGUCUGCCAUAAGGAAAUGAAAACAGAACGUUUUAAGCCACCAGAACCAAAUGACCCUUUAUGUUGCUGUGGAGACAUCGACCAGCAAAGAGAGUACUGCUGCUGUGAUUGUGAAGAACUUGAUGAUGCCUGUGAAAGGUUACUCAGAAGAGAGCCAGAAAAGCCAGACAUCUUCUCUCAUUUCGUCUCACGCAUUGCUAAUCGUUUGGGUUUGCCUUGUUGUGCCAUAGGACCCCUCCGAAUGGAGCUGUCUGUCCUGCCUCCCAUGGUAUUACUACCUGGCCUGUUGCGUGUGGCAGCAAUAAAUUGUAUGCUGGGAGUUGUAACCUUGACUGCCUUGCCAGGACUGGUGCUUUGGUAUUACUAUGUAACUCACAAAAGGAAAAGGCGCACACUGUUUUUCCUAUGUUUGGCACUCUUCUCCCUUGCCUAUAUGUACUACCUUUUCCUCACUGAGAUCCUUCCCAGAGGAGAUGUAAGUAGUCUGCAGGUGGUUACUGCAACAACAGGUCUACUGCUGACUCUCAUCUCCCUUGUGCGCACCAAACAGGGACCAGGGUUCGUCAAAUCCCACUCACUAGCUCUCAACAGCAGCUCUACAACCAAUCAGACCAAAAACUCAACUGAAGACUCCACCCCCUGCUAUGGAAUUAAUCUGUCAAAGGGUGAGAUUGAAGAAAAGAAGAAGUGGUGCCCUGUGUGCCGACUAGUACGUCCACCAAGAGCAGGGCAUUGCAGGAUCUGUGGGGCAUGUGUCCUUCGAAUGGACCACCACUGUGUCUGGAUAAAUAGCUGUGUUGGGCAAGCCAAUCACAAGCAGUUCAUUCUGACUCUGCUUCUCUUCUUGUUGACAUCAUUCUAUGGGAUCAGUUUGGUGUUAAGGAGUAUAUGUCCACACCAGAGUCUAUUCACAGCCAUGUUAUACUGCCCUGGAGUCUACAACCAAUACAGCACAGCACUGUGCUUUACAUGUGUGUGGUACAGCAGUAUCAUAACAGGUGGUCUGCUGUACCUGUUCAUCCUUCAGAUCAUCAAUGUCUGUUAUAACAUAACAGAACGCGAAGCUCAGAUUGCUUUACGCAACAAAUCUGGCAGACGGCGUUACUUUGGCCUGGUUGUGGACACUGGCAUCUAUUCACAGGGCCUCCGCCAGAACUGGAUCCAGUUCCUCACCAUGAGUACAGAUGAGAAUAUAUCCCCCUUGAUCUUCACAGAUAUGGGGCUUUAACAGAUGAAGAUGUGAUCCAAUCUGUCUUGGGUGGGAGUGCUUCUUUUAGUUUUAAGGUUACAGGAGACAUGACAGUAACCCAGACAGAAUUGAGCAGGUGUCCAGAUCAGAAGGUUUUUGUGUUCAGCCCUCAGUACGGACUCAGCAUCCUUGACAGCAUCUAUGCGAAACGUGUUUCUGUAGAAUCAAAUCAUAGCUUUCAACUGGAAAAACUACAAGAGAGUGACUUUAGGACUUACUGCUAUAAAUUGACCACUUUCCCUGAUGGAAGUCUGACAGGAGAAAUUAAGCUGGUGAAAAAGACAGAUAAUGGUGUGAAUUUACAUUUGAUGUAUUUUAAGGCAUCUUCUUAAACAAUAUUCUUCGCAUAACACCAAGUAUACUAUUGGUUAGUUAAUUCACCCGUUUUUGUUCAAACAAAUGGCAUCAUGGAAUUAGGAGUAUUACCCCCAAUUUUUUUUUCAAUACAAUACAAAGAAUUGUGUGAACAAAGAAGAGUGUGCACAGUGAAUUUAUUUUUUAAGAUUUGCUUUUGUAUGAUCUCAUUUGAUAUAUUUGUAUGACAUGGAUUUCAAUUUAGAGAUGUUUGUUUGCAGUGACAAUUAAAGAUAAAAGAUAGAUAAUAUCACAGUUAUCAGCAUUCUGACACAAAUGGCAGUAAAUGAUUGUUAAUCUUCACUCAGGUCGCUCAACUCUCUCAGAGCCCUCAGAUUCCCCCAUCACGAUGAUAAUCUCCUUGACUUUUGGCAUAGGUUUUGCAGUCCUAUGUGGAAUCAUUGCUGGAGUGGUUUGCUAUAAGGUAUUGAAAUCCCAAACUCCCACAUGCACAUGAGUCUGUCUACUUUAUUGGCAGGAUGCAUGUAAUUACGGCUAUGAACUAGUGUUUCCCACAGGAUUUUGUGAGACAAUGGGGGGUGGACCUCCGACUCUCUUGGGGGGUCCGGGGGCAUGCUCCCCUGUAAGAAAAUGUUGUACAUUUUAAAGUUAAAUACUUCCAUCUGGUGCACAUUGAGAGCAGAAUUAAGAGGCAAUUGUUGUGCUCUUAUAGCUGCAGUAGACAACUUUGAAUAAAUUGAAUUGUGAGAAACAGCGCUCCCCAUUUUUCCCCAUUUACAUGAUGAUCUUCACCCCAGCCAGGGUUUAAUUGACAGCUGUUCACAAACAGAGCCAAGGCCUGCCUAGCUAAAAGUGAAUUAAAAUCUCAUCUUGGCUUUGAGCUCUCUUAAAAUAUUUUGUAUACUCAUUCUGAAAAGCAGGGUACAAACGGGAUGUCAGUUUCAGGGUUUUAUCUUUUAACGUUACCUCAGACUACUAACGAUAGCUAGCUUGUGAAGCCGUAAGCAGUGUAACGUUAUGACAAUUAAU